AUGUCCAUCCUUGACGGGACUUGGCAAGACGAAGAUGACGUCUGGCGGUUGUCCCAGUGGAGGCAGAGAUCGAAUAGAAAGCUGCAGGGGAACGCACUCGCUCACAAUGUAGACGAUGACUACGCCGUCAUGUCGAGGCAGCUGGACUCCUGCAAGGUGAGGCACCAAAGAAUGGGGCUCGCUAAGGCUGAGCAGGUGGAUGGAGAACGGCACUGA